AUUACAUGGUGUCGCUCGUUCCUGCACAAGUAGCCAAAGAGCUAAUAAAAUCGAUCGCACGAAACCACGCAUUGUGCGAUGUUAUAAUUUAUAAAUAAAAAAGAGAAAAUUCAAAAAAGUUUACAUAAAUAAUAAGAAGACGUUGAUUAGGGUAAUUGUAAUCAUUAGCAAUGUGGUGAUACUGAACUCCGUUAUUGAUUUACAAGGCGAGCUCGACCUAACCUAUUUGUAACUACGUUACAUAUCUACGUUUUUUACGUAGAAUUUCGAUUUUUAUUUGUGAAUACAAUAUGACAUCUCGCGGAACGGUUUUCUUUAAUUUUGCGCGUUAUUACUCGCAAAAUAUGAAGCAGACAACAAAUUUGAAAGAUUUGAAGAGUCGUAAAUCUGCAAACGGAUAUAUUAAAUAUUUUCCAAGGAAACCAGAUCAGGUUGACCCACCAUUUAAUCCAAGCAAACUUUUAUUGGUGCAACGUGUUAAAUCUUUUUAUGGUCAUCCUUGGUGGGAAAAACAAAUACUACGUGAUUUAGGUUUUGAGAUUCAGAAAAACGAUCCAGUGAUCGUCAAAAACACGCCAGAAAUGUGUGCUCUCCUUUGGAAGGUGAAACAUUUGAUAAAGGUCCUUCCUAUAAAGUUACCUGAUAAACUGCCAACUGCAGACGAUUUAAAUGGGACGUAUUUACACGAAAAUGGCACAUUUGACGUUGUACCAAAAGUAGAUCCUGCUCGCGAAGAAGCUAUAGAAAAGUUUAUAAAUGAUCCAAAAAAACUGAAUCGCGAUAUUAUUCAAGAAAAAUUGAGGUUGAAGUGGUUAGAAGGACGUCUUAUGUCUUAAAACAAAUGAUAAAUUAUAACAAAUAAUUUUGUUGCACUAAAAAGUUAUUAAUAUAAAUUUAGAAAUCUUAAAGAAUUCUUUAAUAAUCCUCUGCAAUUAUGUUUUAUCUAUAUGAGCAAAAGUUUUAUAUAUAUAUAUA